ACAUUUGCAGAGAGAAACCGACACGGACACUUUCCCGGAAGAGAGAGAGCAGAAAGAAGCGAUGAAAGGAAAGGGAGAGGGAUCACUUUCAGAGUCGGAUCAGAUCCUGGUGAUUCGAUAGAGAUCCUGAAAAUAUUUCCGGAAUCCGAGCUGGAAGUGGGAACCUUGCUCCAGUGAGGGAGCGGAUUCUGGGCCAGGUGAAUGUGAGCGGAGACAGUCGCCAGCAGCCGGUGAGCCAGGCCUGUGACCCGGGCUCCCUGUCAUCUCCAACCUGGAAAAUGGGAACGCGACUAGCGCCGUGACACCGGGGAUUUCCGCGUACGGGGUCUCUGUAAUCCGGAUUAGGACAUCCAGCCCCAAGUACAUAUCCCGACCCAGUCCCCAAUCCCACCAGCCAAGUACAGAUCCUCCUCCUGCACCAGCUCAGUGCCCGAUCAUCUGAACACACUCAACAUUUAGCUGCAAAUCGAGCGCUGGUUGCGAUUUUCGACCCGGGAUUUUCCAGCCGCAGCUUCGGGAAUCUCCAGUUUUUCGAUUCCUUACCUCAGAUAGAAAGAGCACACGCUCCUGCUCCAGGUCCUCCAAAAAUCCUGGGAGCAGUUUUCACUUUUGGAAUGUAAUGUGCCCCUUUAAAGCCGCCAGCAUGGCAGUGCCGGUGAGAGCAACCAGCAGAGCCCAGGCUCACACUCACAGCACUCGGCAGCACAGGCGGCCGCUCCCGGGUCACAAUCCGCUCCGACUGCACACUGACCGCUUUCUCAUCUUCCACCUCGGUGCUACCUUCUGUCUCGGUACAACAUGUGUCUGGCGACGGUUUGGAGAUUUUGGAUGGUGCUGGGUUUGGUGUCCGGGAGCCUGAGUCUGGGCUGUGAGAGGCUGCAGUUACAGCAAGUUCUCAACACAGAGACUCUGAGCAAACUGCACGAAAUGGGAGGUCAUUUCCCCCGACAUUGCAUAAGGCAGAGGCUGUCACUGAAAACUAAGCCCUUGGAUCUGGUGAAACUUUCCGACGGAUUUGAGACUCAGGAAAGGACUGCGAUUAUCCAUCAAACCCUGCACCACAUCAACAAGAUCUACAGCAUGAACCUGGGUUCAGUCACUUGGGCCUGGGACAAGGUUGAACAUUUUCGUCUUCUCCUCGAUCAACAGCUCAGAGAGUUGCAAGACUGCCUGAGGAAAUCAGGAUCUGACCACAAACUGAAGAGAAAUGCUGCCAUUCAGCAUUACUUCAGGAACCUGGAAAAGUUUCUCAAACACAAGAAAUUCAGUGAAUGUUCCUGGGAAAUAAUCCGUGCUGAGACCAGAGCCCGUUUACAACAGUUGCAUUUCAUAAUGGCACAAGUCAACAGAAGAAACUGAAAAAAAC